GAUCCUGUUGUAGGGAAUCUGUCAUAGAAACUGAUGUCAGCUAGUGUACCGCUUUCUUCACGGUUCAUUGGAAGCCUAACACUCAAAUCCAUCAAAUCCCCAUCAACAGUUCUGGAUUUUAGUGCUGUGUUGAUACAAAACUUUCAUGUGCACCUGUUAACUUUUCACUGGUAGAGAUUACAAAACUGCUGGAAGAAACAACAUAUAUAUAGAUAUUCAAGAAUCAUUCAGGAAAGUAAAACAUCUUAUAUAAACCUGGUUGUUAGAUAUGGUAAAUAGGAGCAUAGUGAUGUCCAUACAGACACUGAAUCAUCCCUCAUUUCUGGUUGGUGUUGUCUUUAGAAACCGAACUCAUACUCAAUACAGAACAAGAUUGUUGAAUUCAACUGUAUCUUCAGUUUUUCUUAGUGAUGAUAGUGGAAAUUUUGAGGAACUAAGAUCAUCAAAUUCAUGCGUCAUGCUAAGCCAACAAAACACUGUUGGUGUUAUAGGAGGAGUAUCAGUUUUAUCAACUCUUGUUUUCUUGGAAAAACUAGCUUGCUGGAGUUCAAGGAAUGGUAAACAAUGUCCACCUUUUGUUGUCUGCAGUGAUCCUGUGUUGAGCAAGGCGCUUUCGUUACACGGUUCUUUUCCUUCUACAAGGAACAGAAUGGACCGCAUCAAAUUGAAUCAAGAGCUGAUGAUUGAGAAUUUGCGGCACAAGAGAAACAUUCUUCACCAAUCCGGAGCUCGCGGUUUGGCCUUGCCUUGUCAUCUGUCACAUGCUUGGCACAGUGAAAUUUCACAAGACAGUUCUCUACCUUUUCUUCAUGUUGGUGACUGUGUGGCCAUGGAACUCAAGAAUGCUAAGAUGAAACCAAUUCAUGCUGCGAAUACCGUGAGGAUUGGACUGCUCACUACAGAUUCAGCCUUUGUAGUUUGUUAUUACAAGGAUAAGCUUCAAAAUCAGGGUUUUGAAGUAGUAUUGCUAGACAAAGAGACAGAGGAACACAUACUAAUUCCUGCAAUGGAGGCUUUUCAGAGAAAAGACAGAGAAGGUGCAAGGAAUUUGCUGAGAAUUGCAAUCCAUGUUCUUUUGGUAAGGGGAGUGAAUGUGGUGAUUCUGGCAUCUGAUGAUUUGCUAGGGAUUCUCCCUCACAAUGAUCCUAUUCUUAGGAAAUGUAUAGAUCCCAUGGAUGCUUUGGCUAGAUCAAUUAUAAAUUGGGCAGAAACAACAGCAAAGGUACCUGGGGGAUUUUAGCUUUCCUUUUUUCAAAAUUCUUGGAGCACAUCUGUA